CGGCUGCCCUUCCUGGCGUUUGUUGUAGGAAAGGACAACUUCCGCCCGGUUUUAAGAUGGCGUCACGCCAAGCACGGCGCUAUAUUCCCCGCCCUCUGGCACUUGGUGUAGCCAAUGGCUGGCAUGGCAGUGCCCUUCCGUCGCUGAUUUGUCAGGCUGCAUUUCAGUGACACCUCAGCGCGCCCCGAUUCGUCCUAGCCUGGGGGAAGAGGGAGCGGCAGUGGGGGACUCAGGAGUUCUCCAUAAUGAAAAUGAUUGAGAAUGUUGACUCUGUAGUGACUAGGUCAAGCCAAGACCUCUGGGCUGAAAUCUGUUCAUGUCUGCCAGAUCCAAACCUGAAAGAAGGCUCUAGAGAUGCUUUUGCAGAUUCCUUCACAGAUUCUUACAUCAGUGGAAAAAGCCAGGAUGAAGAACUGUGUGGUUCUUUCCAAGCAAAUCUGAAACCCUGGGCACCUCUGAAAGAUUCAGAGAUAUAUUUAGCAUCACUAGAGAGAAGACUGAUGAGAGUUAAAGGUUUGUCUCAGGAAGUGACUUCCAAGGAUAUGCUACACACUCUGGCCCAAGCUAAGAAGGAAUGCUGGGAUAGGUUCCUGCAGGAGAAGUUUGAGUCUGAAUGUUAUGUGGAGGGACAUGAAUCUGAAGAGAGCACACUGGAACUUUUAAAACGGUGGCUGCAGCCUGAUAAAGUGGCAAUCAGUACUGAAGAGGUACAAUACCUGAUUCCCCCAGAAUCCCAUGUAGAGAAGCAAGAAACUGAAGAGUCUCCAGCAGCAGAACAAUGAAAUGCACUCCAACCAUGUGAAGCAGAUGUGCAAGGACUUAUGGAGCUGCAUUUAAUGGCAGUAAUAAAAGGGGAGGGCAAGGAAAUUGCCAAUAUUUGUUCAGUAAGGGGAAGAGCUAUGGACAUACAGAGGAUAACAUUUAAUUUGUUAUCGGAAGGAGUGAUGCGUCUUGUAACUCAGUGCAUGCUGGGCUUAUCUUGCUUUUAUCUACUUAAUUUCUCAUCUUGUAACAAACCUGUCAUUCCAGUUUUUAAGAAAGUUAUUUGUAAUUUACUGAGAUAACUGAACAUAAAGAAGCUGGUCAAAAAAGGUGAUGUCCUAGAGUAGAGCAGACCAGAAAAGACUGAGUCAUUUCUUCCUGUCUUGUACCCUCUCUUUGUGGUUACAUCUUUCCUAUUAUUAGCUUCAUGGACUUUAUUUGUUGAUCUGUUAUAAUAAUUCCACUGUAAAGUUUACUGCAAGUCUCCAUAAUUUGUGCUUGAGUUGGCCCUAAACUAUAUCCUGGAUUGAUGAGAAACAUUUGCCUUGUUUGGAUUUGGUGCAAACUGAAGGCGAUCCUACUUUCCAAUGAUGAUUAUCAAAACCUGUUUAACAUUUUUCUCUUUAUAAUGUACUAUCCUGGAAUAUCAUACUGGAUAUGCUACACUGCUGCUUUUUGUCGGAAAAAGAUACGCAAAUUGUACUUUGCAAUUUGCACACCUUUUUCCAAUUGGUUUUUUUGGAAGAGGCUUUUUCGAAAUUUGGCCUGUCUACACUGGGCCAAAUUUCAGAAAAACCUCCUCUUUUGGAAGAACCCUUCUUCCUCAUGAAAUGAGGAAUGCAGGGCUUCCAAAAGAGCGCAUCUUCUGCAAAAAAUGUCGAAAGAGCAGACGCGUUCCGUGGACGCGGCGGAGUUUUUCUGUGAUACUGGAGGUAUCCUGGAGAAACUCUGUAGUAGUCUAGACAUAACCACUUAAUGGACCUUCAGUUAUUCUUGUAUGAAAAGAGGUUUUUCUUACUUUUUUUCCUCUGUUUGAUUUGUUGUCCCUCGACCACCCCUGGAGAGGGUAGGGUUAGAUUCUAAAUCUAAAUAAGUAGAUGAGACAAAUGAUUAAUGCAUUAUUUUCAUGUUAAAUAGUUCCUUGUGAGUCUGGCAGUAAGCCUUUUGCUAUAUAUAUUUUAUCUAUACCAAGUAGUCUGCCAUCAUAACUCGGAGAGUCUGUAAUCCUGACCUUUGUAUGAGACUGAUCCUUCUAAUUAUUGGAUAGCUGCAGUUUCUUAUCUGCUAUCAAAGAGAGCAAUGGUUUAUAUCUUCUGUUGGAGACAGAUCUUAAAAAGGGAGCAAUUAAUUCAAGUAUCUUACAUAGCUACAGAUGUUAGGUAGCAAAUAUGGAUCUGUGAAAAUGCAUCAUAUAGAGAGCUGAUCUUCUGUUGACCCACAGCUGGGCAGAAUUUGAAAUAUUAAUGCCACUGAAAACCCAGUCUAAGUGUUUUCUUCAAUACAAAGCUAUUUAUUUGAAAGAAUCACAGUUUAGCAGCAAAACGGUUUUACAGUACUUCUUUCCAAUAAGCCUUAAUUCCCUAAGCAUAAACCUUUAGUAACUAUGUUGGCCCUACCCAUUAUCCUGAUUGGUAAAUAAAGCAGGUAUAGCUACCAGUCCUAGA